GAAGUGGCGGUGGUUUCCGGUGGGGGAGCGGCGCUCCGUGUUAGAGCUGCCGCGGGGAGCACGGACGAGGCCGGGUCUGGCCGCAGCGUUUCCCGGGAGGCGCAGAGACAGGAGCCGCCGCUGCCAUGAAGAAGCAGUUCAACCGCAUGAGGCUGCUGGCCAACCAGACCGUGGGCAGGGCUGAGAAAACUGAAGUCCUCAGUGAAGAUCUAUUACAGAUUGAGAGACGUCUGGACACAGUGAGAUCUGUUUGCCAUAUUUCACAGAAGCGGUUAAUAGCAUGUUUUCAGGGCCAGUAUGGCACUGAUGCUGAUAAAAGACAUAAAAAGCUUCCUCUAACAGCUUUUGCUCAAAAUAUGCAAGAAGGAUCUGUCCAGCUAAGCGAUGACACUCUGUUGGGGAAGAUGCUUGACACUUGCGGUGAUGCAGAGAAUAAACUGGCAGUAGAGCUUUCUCACCAUGAGGUACAGAUUGAAAAAGAAAUUUUAGACCCACUAAGCCUACUAACAGAGGCAGAAAUCCCCAAUAUUCAGAAGCAGAGGAAACAGCUUGCAAAGUUGGUUUUGGACUGGGAUUCUGCAAAAGCUAGAUAUAGCCAAGCCUGCAAGACUUCAGGAACUAAUUUUCAAAUGCAUCCAUCAAAAAUAGAUUCCCUUAAGGAAGAGAUGGAUGAGGCUGGAAAUAAAGUAGAACAAUGCAAGGAUCAGCUUGCUGCAGAUAUGUAUAACUGUGUGUCCAAAGAAGGGGAAUAUGCCAGAUACUUUGUCAUGUUAUUAGAAGCACAAGCAGAUUACCAUAGAAAAUCAUUAGCAGUCUUAGAAAAGGCCCUCCCUGAAAUUCAAGCCCAUCAAGACAAAUGGACAGAAAAGCCAGCCUUUGGAACGCCACUGGAAGAGCAUCUCAAACGCAGUGGUCGUGAAAUUGCACUCCCAAUUGAAGCCUGUGUAAUGAUGCUCUUGGAAACAGGAAUGAAGGAGGAGGGCUUAUUCAGAAUUGCUGCUGGAGCCUCCAAGUUAAAGAAGCUGAAAGCUGCAUUGGACUGUUCUACUUCCCAGCUCGAUGAAUUUUAUUCAGACCCCCAUGCUGUUGCAGGUGCCCUGAAGUCUUAUUUACGAGAGUUGCCUGAACCUUUAAUGACCUACAGUCUGUAUGAAGAAUGGACGCAAGCUGCAAACAUACAAGACCAGGACAAGAAGCUACAAGAAUUAUGGAAAAUUUGUAAAAGAUUGCCAAAGGCUAACCUAGCUAAUUUCAGGUAUCUAAUCAAAUUCCUAGCAACACUUGCACAGAACAGUGACAUUAACAAAAUGACACCCAGCAACAUUGCAAUAGUGUUAGGCCCCAACUUGCUAUGGGCAAAGACUGAAGGAUCUCUUGCUGAAAUGGCAGCAGCAACUUCUGUCCACGUGGUAGCAAUUAUAGAACCAAUAAUUCAGCAUGCAGACUGGUUCUUCCCUGAAGAUGUGGAUUUUAAUGUAUCUGGAGCAUUUGUUGCUUUACCUGCCACUAAUUCCAAUCACUCCUCACAACUUGGGAGCGAGUAUGAGUCAGGGACACUGGAGAGGAAGAGGCCUGUCAGCAUGGCUGUAAUGGAAGGCGAUUUGCUGAAGAAGGAAGGCUUUGGUGUCAAGGCUGUGGACUUCCAAGUGAAUCCUCGGAGAUGUGGCACUAUAAAUAGAAAGCACACAUCCCCAGCUUUCCAGCCACCACUUCCACCUACUGAGGCUGGCAUGCUGGCUCAGCCUGUAGCAGAGCAGCAUUCACAGGGUUCUGUGGCUGAAACCAGCCCAGUAAGUGCAACUUUUGCUCCCUUUGCUGGCACAGCAGAACAUUUACAAAGUCAAGGAAAUGAGGAUGUCAGUACCUCAAAGCCCAGGGACACUGCAGCUUCAACUACUCCUCCACCUGUGAGAAAUGGUGGGCACUUGAGCACUAUGCAGAACCAGCCGCAGUCAUCCAGUAGCUCUAAUCAGCUUUGUGUUAGUCAACCACAGAACGCUGCUGGUCCCAGCCCCCACGCAGUGAGGCGAGCUGUUAAAAAGCCUGCACCAGCACCUCCCAAGCCUCCACCUGGGCAGCCAGGAAACCACGGUUCUACCGCAGCAGCUCAACUCCCUUCUGUCUCUGCGAAACCACCCACAAGAAGUCCUUCUCCUCCUGGUCAACUUACAAACCCAGGGGCAGUCCAGACUUCCACCUCUUCCCAGGUUUCUGCACCUCGGAGAUACUCCAGCAGCCUCUCCCCAAUACAAGCUCCUAACCACCCACCUCCACAGCCCCCAACACAGGCUACUCCUCCACUGCACCCUAAACUAAAUAGUCAAGUAUCUUCUCCACCUGCUGUACCUAGUGGCGAAUAUGGACCUGAACAGCCAUCUUGUACUCCUCCUCAGACUCCAACGCCACCUGAUACGCCUCCUCUAGGAAAACACAAUGCUAGCUCAGCACUAUUUCCGCUGCAGUCAUCUACCCAAGAAACUUCGCAGUCUCAUUCUCCUCCUCAGACUGGUACAUUACCAAGACCAAAGCCAGUACCAAAACCCCGGAACCGACCUAAUGUUCCCCCACCACCUCAUCCUCCUGUUUCUCAGUCAUCUGGAGACAGUGUUCUUACAAAUCCCACUCAAACUGCUUCCAAAAUAAUAACUGGUGGGGAAGGUUACUGCGAAUAAGAUGUUUGACCUGCAUUAUUCAAUGUGAACUGAAAUUGGAAAGUUUAAUGGUAAGGAAAAGGCAUUUGAUUGGCCAAAGACAUUGCUAGUUCAUGACUGAAUGUGCACUAAUGCCCACUACUAACCUGUCACCGUAACACUGCUUGCUUGCAUUCCAAUUAAUAUAGCAUGCAAAAAGAAUGGCUCUUCUAUUUUAUGUUUGCCCUAAAUUUAACAAAUACUAAAUGCAUUCAAGACUAGAAUGUAGUUGAUGUUUUGCAUCACUAAUUUCUCAUGUCUUAUUUUACUUUUUUAUUUAAAGGGAAUCAUAAAAAUGAGUUCUCUAUUCUGUGUUGUAUUUGAAGAAGC